ACCAUUUUCUCAUAGUCCCCGUUCGGAUGGGGCUGGUACUCUCUCCGGCGCCGGCCCGGCCGAGUCAGGCGAGGUCCGCAAGAUGCCUGGCUCGGCUCACAUUCUCAACGACUCGCCGCAGCGCCGUUGCAGGCUGCCCGGUCGUCAAGGCGACCGCGAAACAAAACCCAGGCUGCCUGGCGCCUCUCGUGCGCCGCUCACGCGCGCAGCCCCACGUGCGCUUAUCCUGCGCACCCUGCCACGUGCACCUCCCACGCGUUCAGCCCCAGGUGCGCUUAUCCAAAGCACCACGCGCAACCUCCCGCGUGCGCUACCACGCCUGCAGCCCCACGUGCGCAGGCCCUUAGCACCGCCCCUCGCUGACCCUCCCACGUGCGCCCCCACGUGUCCAUUUUGUAGUGAGCUGACUGCUCGGCGCCCCAAGCACGUCGCCACGCGCGCUUCCCAGCGCAUCUUCUCACGUGCGCGGCUCAGCUGUCAUACCUUGCUAGCGAACAAGACUGAAGAACUUUCUUCGUUUUAAUUCCUUUCUUCGGGUUUAGCCUUAGCUUUGUUUUUGCCAAAAGGUUGUCUGUUUCAAGGUUAUUAACAAAAAAGGAGAUCUCAAUUUUAAAAAGUAACAGUAGGGGGGAAAAAAAGCGAGGAAAGGAAGCGAGAGCCUGUGACGCGCCUGGCACUUAUUAGGAGCGUCUCUCCUCGCCUCCUUGGAACACUUGGCUGGUAUGGGACACCUAGAGUUCAUCUCCUACACCGAGGCAGUGGCCCGACGCUGCAGGCAGCAGGUGGCAGAGCUGGCAUGAACCCGGUUGCUCAGAAUUCCUCGGCAGUUGAGCGCGGAGCUGUGCUCAGCACUCUCACCUUUCUGAACCAGAAACCACCCGGGACCACAUAAAGGAGAAACCCACAGUCACUGCAGAGCCAUACGCGACGCCACAGCGACUGGCAAAGAUGCACAGGGACCGUGGCGCUUGUCAUGUCCUCUGUUCCCGGCCCUGCGGCCAGAGCCCACACCGCCUCACGUCCCAUCUGUUUCCCGACGGAUCCAACUUCCUAAAACCCCUUUCCCCCCAUCUGGUCUAGACGCCCUGCGGCUAGGUUAAUUUCCCAGAUGCCACACCGCUCAGAAAUGCUUAGGACUCCCAUUAGCCCAUACAUAAAAGUUAAACUCCUUGGCUUGUUUAUUGGCACCUUUAGUAGCCUGCCCCAUCUACCUUUUCAACUUCAAUUUCCCACGUCCCCGGACAUAGAUCUUCCUCUCCAGU